UGUCAGUUGAAAAUCGUUCAUUCUUGAGUAUAGAUGUGACAUUUUUAUCUUAAUAUGACUGAAAUACGACCACUAAAUGAAGAAUUAAAAGCAAUUGCCAAGAACGAGUUAAAUGAAGUUGAGAGUCGUAUAGUUGAAGAUAUUUCAACACUAAGAACAUGGAUCCAAAAACAACCACAUUUGAGGGCUCGUACGGAUGACCAAUUUUUAGUAACUUUUUUAAGAGGCUGUAAAUAUAGUAUGGAAAAAGCUAAAUCAAAAAUUGACUAUUACUAUACUAUCAAAGCGUUAAUACCUGAAAUGUUUGUUAAUCUUCAAAUGACUGAAGAAUUUGUUGAAUUUGCACGCUUAGGUUGCUUUUUAGUACUUCCAAAGCCACUUGGCGGCAUCGGUGGCCCACGUAUAUACCUAACAAACUUUACAAAUUUAGAUCCAAAUAAAAACAGUUUAAAACAAUAUUUUCGAUAUCAUACAAUAGUUCAUGAGUUUGAGAUAAAUAUGGAUGAUACUGGUAUUAUAAAUGGUUUUGUUGAAAUUGUGGAUUACUCCAAAUACAACCCAGCGUUCAUAAAAGAAUUUAAUCCAAUAUUUUUAAAAAAAUUAUUAGUUUUUCUUGAUAAAGCGGUGCCGAUACGCAUAAAAGGAUUACACAUCGUUAAUCCUUCAAAGGAAGGAACAGUGUUUUUAAACAUUGUGAGGACUUUUCUAAAUGAAAAACAAAAACAACGACUUUUCAUUCACAAAAGUCUAGAAGAUCUUUAUAAAGUAAUACCAAAGGAGAAUCUACCAAUUGAAUAUGGUGGCACCAAUGGUUCUAUAUCGGAGAUUACAGCAGAUAUGGAAAAGAAACUUUUAGAUUUUAAUAAUUAUUUCAUUGAAGAGACACAGUAUGGCGUGGAUGAAAAAUUAAGAAUUGGUAAAAAGGUAAAUAGUGAAACUCUCUUUGGCAUUGAUGGAUCAUUUCGAAAAUUAAAUUUUUAUCUUAAUAUGACUGAAAUACGACCACUAAAUGAAGAAUUAAAAGCAAUUGCCAAGAACGAGUUAAAUGAAGUUGAGAGUCGUAUAGUUGAAGAUAUUUCAACACUAAGAACAUGGAUCCAAAAACAACCACAUUUGAGGGCUCGUACGGAUGACCAAUUUUUAGUAACUUUUUUAAGAGGCUGUAAAUAUAGUAUGGAAAAAGCUAAAUCAAAAAUUGACUAUUACUAUACUAUCGGAUCGUUAUUGCCUGAAUUGUGUACGAAUCUUCAAGUGAAUGAAAAAAUUAUUCAAUUUGGACGUGCAGGUUGCUUUGUAGUGCUUCCGAAGCCCCUUGGCGGAAUGGGCGGCCAUCGUAUACAUCUAACAAUUUAUAAGAAUUUAGAUCCAAAUAAACACCAUUUAGUUGAUAUGCUACAAUAUCAAACACUGAUUAAUAUGUUUGAGAUAAAUAUGGACGACAAUUGUGCCAUUAGUGGUGUGACUGAAAUUGUGGAUUUGUCCAAACUUAACAAAGCAAUUUUAAAGGAAUUUGAUCCAAUAUAUUCUAAAAAAUUAAUAACUUUUUACAAUAAGGCGCAGCCACUGCGCAUGAAAGGAUUCCACUUUCUUAAUUGUCCAAAGGAAGGAGCAGCGUUUUUAAACAUUGCGAGAAGUUUUCUAAAUGAAAAACUAAAACAACGAUUUUUCAUUCACAAAAGCCUAGAAGAUCUUUAUAAAGUAAUACCAAAGGAGAAUCUACCAAUUGAAUAUGGUGGUACCAAUGGUUCUAUACCGGAGAUUCAAGCAGAUAUGGAAAAAAAACUUUUAGACUUUAAUAAUUACUUCAUGGAAGAGACGAAGUAUGGAGUGGAUGAAGAAUUAAGAAUUGGUAAAAAGAUAAAUAGUGAAACUCUGUUUGGCAUUGACGGAUCAUUUCGAAAAUUAAAUAUUGAUUAACUUUUUUGUUAUUGAAAUUUUACACGA